AUGCAACUCACCAAAAUCCUCAUCCUCUUCGGCAUAACAGCAGCGGCAGCCUCGCCAGCAAUGGCGGCUUACACCGGUCCCUGUUCGGUAACCCAAUGCGGAGCCUCCGGGGUAGCCUGUCCGCGAGGAUACCUGUGCGUGCCUUGGCCUUCGUUCGAUCCCGCACUGAGAGAGGGGUGUACGUGUAGUUAUGCCUAG